AUGGAUGUGAAUGAAAGGUUGCAAGUUGAAGAUCGUACAGAGAAGACUGAUGGAAGAAGGUUCAGAAGUAUUGUAGGAGGCUUGAUAUAUUUAACUCGUACAAGACCCGAUAUUUCAUUUGUUGUUGGCGUGGUUUCAAGAUUUAUGAGCGAUCCUUCAAAACAACAUUUUGGAGUUGCAAAGAGGAUCCUGCGUUAUAUUGCUGGAACUUUAUCCUUUGGAAUUUGGUAUACUAAGGUUUUGGAUUCUACGUUAACUGGGGUUUCCGGCAGAGAUUGGGCAAGCUUAGUAGAAGAUAGGCGCAACACAUCUGGAAACGUCUUCAGCCUUGGAUCAGGAGCUAUAACUUGGUGUUCUAAAAGACAGCCCACCGUUGCAUUAUCAACCACUGAAGCUGAGUUGCGGCAAUGUUUUCAGCUUGUUAAUGUGUUUGGUUAA